AUGGCUUCUGAUGUUGGAGAUGCCCAAAUAAUAGAACCCCCUUCUGUGUCGCCUUUGGAGACUCGCGCACCCACGGUAAAGGAGCCCCUUAUUGGGGUGGUGGGAGAUGGGAGGCAAUGCCUAGAGUCCGGUUUUGUAAGUCAGGAUUGGGUAAGAAAAGAAACUACCCUUUCUGCUCUGUGAAAGAGAGGAGAGGCUUGCUGCCUCUGUUGACACCCUGUGCUACCUCUUGGCUUCUCCAGAGGAAGACUAAGAAGAAGGGAGGGUUGCCAGACGCCAAACGGAAAGGGCGGGCCAAGCGGUUGAACAAAGAUGCGGAGGAUCUGCUCUCAAGCAUGCAGCGAUUGGUAGGUUGAGCACUUGGAAACGUGAGCUUUGGUGCUGGGGAAGCAGCAUUGGCUGUUGGGGAGUGUUUGGGUGGAGUGUGUACACAUGCAUGCACCCGUGUGGCCAGAGGGACCUUGGAAGAUGGCACUCUUGCUGGGGAAACUGAGCUGACGGACUGUGUUUGGUCUUUUUUCUGGAAAUAUGCCCUCAUUUGUUCUCAUAAGCCCUUGGGGGCAAAAUGCUUUGGCUCAGUGCUGUUGAGAAGGUGCCCUGUACAUGCACAGAAGUACCUUCCUAUAUUGUGUAACGAGUGAGUCCCUCAUCAAAACGUUGCUGGGUAAAUUCCUCUUCAGGAUGUUAACCAGACUGCUCUACUCUUUUUCCAGGGGGCUGCAAUUUUAGCUGCUGAAGGAUUGGCCACCUUAGAAAAAUAUAGCUAUUGGUAUCUAAGAUGUUACCUGAUUUCUUUUUAAGUGAAAAGCAUGAUUGUGAUGGAUGGGAGUGGUGCUAUAUGCGUGCAGUUGGGGGGGUUAAAGGAGACUCCCCACACACUUUACUUACGGCGCUGUUCAAUAUUGUGCCUUUUAACUAGGAUCUCACCACAGAAUGUGCUACACCAGUGGGGACCGGCCUGGUUUGGGAUGAACGGAUGACACAGUUUCACUGCACAUGGGAUGAAAGGUAUUUAGGAGUGAAAGCGUGGUUUUCAAGUCUUUGUUUUGAUGGCUUGAUACCCAGAAAACUUAAAGUGGCUUAGAUUUCAGGACUUCUUCCCUCUCAUGAAACUAGAAUCCAGGGCCAUACAAGGAAGCUACUAUACUUUGGCUCCACAGCUGGAGGCAGGAUGCUUCCAAAUACCAAUUGCUGAAAGCCACAGGAGGGGAGAGUGCGGUUGUGCUUAGGUUCUGCUUGCGGACUUCUCAUAGGUGCCUGACUGGCCACCAUGAGAACACGAUGCUGAACUAGAUAGCCCACUGGCUUGAUCCAACAGACUCUCCUUAUGUUCUUAAGCUGAAUGUUAGAAGCCUUCCUGCCCCAUUUGCAGGCUUCCCACUGUCUGAAACCGAGCAUUGGACGUUGAUCCGAUCGAUCAGGGCACCCAUCCCAUUGGACUCAAUAGACCAUCAUGCUGUGUGAAGCAACAUGAUUAAGAUGGAGCUGAUCCUGACCCUAAGUUGCAUAAAAUUUUCAUAAUUUUCUUUUAUAUCAAACAACUCUUUUAUGGCUAUGUCCAAAUCCAAAGAGUGUCUACAUUUGAAACUGGAGCCUAUUUCAGGCUGAAAGUAAUGAAUUUGGCCACUUCUUAUGUUAUGACAAAUUAUUAUAAAUGCUCAUACCCCCCAUAUAUAUAUAUAGAGAGAGAGAGUGUGUGUUUCCUGUCAAAAGACAAGCAGGGAAAGAACCAACUGAGGCUAUCUACGUUAGCUGCUCUACAGUCUAGAUUGACACCUGGGAACCUGUGUCUGCCCCCACCUCCUCCACUGAAGUCAGUGGACCCAAACUCCCAUCAGCUUAGCUAGCGUGGCCAGUGGUCAAGGAUGAUGGGAGUUGUAGUCCAACAACACCUAGAGGCCUACAGGUUCCCCAGCUUUGAUCUAGAUGGACUGAUGCAUCGCUUCUAAAAUCUGAUGUCACCAAUUUCAGACCAAACAAUUGUCACAGCUGUAACCACUUUCCUCAGACCAUGUAGUUAUUCCUUGCCUCUAGCCCCAGUUUCAGUGUCCUACUCUCUAAAACCCUGAUAUAAUAUGGGGUGUAUUAUAUAGGCAUGCCUAAAAUCAGGAGUUGGGAUGUGUGUGUUUUUCUUCUGCAAGGUGAAUCUCCCCUUCCCCACUUCAUACUUCAGGAGACAGACAUUCUCGCUUCCAAGUCAUACAUUGACUUAGGCCACAAUCCCAUACAAACUUAACUGGGAGUAAGACCCACUGAAGCUGAUGUGGCUUAUUUCUGAGUAGACAUGUCUAGGAUAGCAAUGUUAAUCUUCAGUUUUGAUUCUCAACAUAAGAGGGCUGCCUGCCUUUUUUAAAUUUAAAAUGAUGCUUGUAUGCUGUGCUUUUGAAAGCUUAUUUGGCAUCAUAUUUGGAGGUGGGUCAGUAGAGAAUAUCAGCUCCAGGAAUAUUGAGAAAGGGGAUUGAUGAUGCCUGAAAUACCAGCUAAUGAGCCCCUUGUACUGCUUGUUGCUGCUGCAAACUGGUGUAGCAGGUUUCUCUCUCUUCCCUGAGCCUCCUUCCCCAAACUCAAUCCUUGGAGGACAAUGUAUACCAGACCAAAAACAGUGUGCAUUAUUUCACUUCCAAAGCACGCACACGCCCCCCCCCCAUUGCAGCUUUUAGGAACUUCCUUUGCCCUUGUUAACUCGGUGUCAACCUUCUUAUGAUUGUUUCUACAGAUGUUUGAAUGCCUUGAAAGAGAAUGGGAGGGGGGAAGCUGUGGGGGAAAGUUUGUUGGUUUGAAAACACAUACUAAGAUAUAUGUGGAUAAUGUUACCCUUAGGCCCUGCUAGACUAUGUUUCCCCCAUUAUGCACUCUGCUGCAAGCAGUUUGGGAAUCUAAUGUAUGUUUCCUAAUUCCAAAACCAUUGAUUAUUUUUUUCCCGGCAGGGGGGGAAAAGUACCCUUGGUUUGGAUGUGGGUAAAUAUAUAAUCCUGAACUUAUCCUCCUUUGUGCUGCCUGUACAUCCAUGCUGUUUUUUUAUAUAUAUUAUUAUUUCAUCCCACUUGACUCACACUUCCAGUGUAGUCUGAACACAGUUCCACCACACACUCUCCACUAUUCUUCCUCUCCCUCUUGGUUUGCCUCUCUUGCCCUUAAUAUCCGGCCAUUGUGUUGCCCCUGCAUUCUUGGCCUCCGCUCCAGUGCAAAUCUCAUGAUAGUCUUCCUCUGGAGGGUCUGUGUUUCUCACACUUGGAGAAAAGCAGUUGCAAUUUCAUCAUUUAGGCUGCAAUCCAGUGCAACAGAGAUUGGGAGAGAACCUAAUUGGGAGAUGCUAAUGGGUAGUCGUUCCGUUGGCUACGUUGACUGGGGCUGAUGCAAGUUGGAGCCCAGCGACACCUGGAAAGCCACAAGUUUUGCAUCCCUGAUCUAGAAUCUGGUUUUGUACUUGGCAGGUGCAACUGGUGCAGCGGGACGGUACUGCACUGUUGCCCUCCUGAGGGUGAGGCUUUGUGGGUGCGCAGGUGGCGCCUUCCGCUCAACACUUGCACAGCCCUGACCUUAACCCUGCAUCAUGCCAGUAAGUGCUGUUAGGAGAGCAUUGGCACGACACCAUGCCAGCCACUCCACAAUACUUGUGCGGCUACCCGCAAGCACCUGUCUCCUGAUUCCUACACAGAUUCUUUCUCCUGUACCAUUUUGGUUGUUUCCUAAAUCGCCAUAGCAUUCUGGGAGCCACAUCCAUGUGAGGUGGGAAAGGUAACUCUGAUAAAGCAAGAGACUGGUUCCUUCCAAUACAUAUUACUGGAGUAGCAUGAGAUUUGGCCACGCCAAAGAGGCUGUCACACCACUCCCACAGUGGGGAGACUGUUUUCUAGAAUCAGUGAAACAAAGCAGCCCUUUCCCACCCGCCCCAACUCGGAUUGUACCAGUUCAGGCUGAAGGUAGCGGAAUUUGUGUGUGCAUAAUUGAAUGGUCCUCCAAGUGCCACCCCCUCCCCACCUUCCACAAUACAACCCUCUCUACAAGUACUAGUGUACCAGGGGGAAGAGUUCAGCAACUCUCCCUGGAGUAAUUCUUUCCCCCUAUUUAUAAUAAUAAUCCUGGGGUAUGUGCUUCUUUUCCACAUGGGAGCAUUCAAGCAGGGCAUCUUUAUGGACAGCAUAGGAGCCAGCUCCAGGUGGUCUUGGGUGCUUGGGCACCCACAAUAAUAUUAUGGGGGCCGGGCACCCACAAAGUCGAUGAGCAAAGCCAGAGAAAGGCAGGCAGCCUCUGCAGCGCUGCAUCCAAGAUAGAAGCAGUUCAGCUCCACCCUGUGCAGCCAGCAAACAGGGCAUCCUCUUCCUGUCUCCAAGCUGCUCCCUGCGGAAAGGAGGAGGAAGAGGAGCUGGUGGUGGCUGUCUCAAUGCAGACAUGCAACGUCACACACAUGCGCCUGCAUAUAGUGCUUGUGACAUCACAUGCAUGGCAUGCAACGUCACAUUACGUUUUUGGAGGAGCUCCCCAUUGUGCAUCAUGCAUGUGACGUCACAAGCACUAUGUGCAGGUGUGUGUGUGAUGUCGCAUGUCCGCGUUAUGGCGGUGGGCACCCACAGUCCUGAGGGCAAGAUAGUACCCCUGGUGGACAGUCCUUUAUUCCCAUCAGCCCCAGCUAGCAUGACCCAGUGGUCAGGGGUGACUGGAGCUGUAGUCUGGCCACAUCUGGAAGGCUGCUGGUUUCCUUUUAUUUAUAAAUCUAUUGCCAUCAAGCCUAGUUAGGGACAGAGCAGUAAACUAUAUAUUUGAAAUAUAAUAAAUGAAUGACUAGAGAAUUGUUCGAGAAGCACUGAGGAUUGAGUUUCCCAUAUUUUAAGCAGGAGCUUUUAUCCAUUACCAUAAAAGCUCAGAGUUGCCAUGUGUCUUCGUAAGCUACUAGAUUCUCUGAAAAUUGCCAUCUUCUGCACAUCUAUUCCAAUUUCAAAAGUCUCACACUUCAGACUACUCAACAGUAGCUUCUGAUUGUAGUCUGUUGUUCACUCUCCUCACCUGUUCUCCCCACUGCCAUCCAUAAUCUGCAACCCAAAUAUCUCAUUCCCUUCCACUUUAAUUCCAGUCUCCCCUAUAUCCCUUCCUGUCUUCUCCUUCUUUCAUUGUGCUCCUUCCUUUAUGAUGAUGGUGGCUUAAAAAGUCUUGAUAAUAAGGCUUUCCUUACCCAACCCUGCUUGUUUUGCUGUAAUUUUUAAUCUGUCAGAUUAAAGGGCUGGGAUCUUGAUAAAGAUUACCAACUUGCCUCUAAUCAGACAUCAUCAGAGUCUGCCUUGGGUCAAGAGGUAUCAGUUGUGCCUGUGUGUAUUUUGUUCAGGUUGGAUGUUGUUGCUAUUUCUCCCUUUCUUCUCAGGGCGAGAAUCUCCCUGCAACACCCCCUCCACCCAAAUCCUUCCCGACUCCUUAGUUUGUUUGUUGACCCAAAGCAUCCUGAUCCUACCUUCCUCCAACUUAAUGUGUUUUUGAUUUAUCCUACACCCCUCUUUGUUACCUCUUUCUCCAGUUUCCCAGAGUGUCCAGAGCGGCUGGUAGCCAUACGAGACAAAUUGCUGCAAUGUGGACUGCUGGAACGUUGCAUCCCAGUCGAGGUGAGAAGAAGGGGAGCAGGUGGGGGCAAAGAGGAACUCAGGGGUGGGCAGAAGGGUUGAGAGUCAGUGUAGUGACUGAGAAUAUCAGACUAAGACUUGGAGAGACCUGAGUUCUAAUGCUCACUCAAUCUACUGUGACGCUCAGCUGGGUGUCCCUGGGCCAGUCACUCACUCUUGGCCUAACCAACCUUGCAGGAUUGUUGUGAGAAUGAAAGCAGGAGGGGAAAGAGCUACAUAAGCCUCCCUGAGCUGGUUGGAGGAAGGACGGGGUGAAAUCUAAUAAAUAAUAGCUGGGGAAUGAGAAAUCCAGAAUCUUUUCCCCAGGUACUAAACGUUCAUCUCUUUCUUUACAGGCUCAAGAAAUUUCUGAGGAAGAAAUCCUCUUGGCUCACAGGUAAAAGCAGAUGUUCGAGCUGUAGGGUGGGGGGGAGGCAGGGAGCUGGUUCAUGGACUUGUAGAGGAGAUAUGGAGAUUGUGCAUCAUUAGAAAGCCUCUUUGGAAAGCCUGGUCCUGCUGAUAUGCGUUGCAUUUUUUUGUUGGUUCAGGAUAAAAUGAGUAUAUAGAAAGGAGAAUUCCUGGAUGCCAAGAUCCACAUUUGGGACAAGUACUUUUUGUUGGGGGAACCCAGCAGAGACUUAAAAUCAUAAAAUAUGCUGCAAAGUAAACAUGGAAAUAUAGGCUGUUAGACCUUUAAAAUAUGUCCUUCCAAGUUCUUUCUCCUAGCAUAGAAAAAAACCACAUGUUUAGUAAGUUAAAAAUGGGUUUUUUUCCACCACAUGUGGAGGUGUGUGCCUAUGGAGGUUCAGCCUCUCCAGCAUUUAGAUGAAGUUCCUUGGUGUAUCAGCGCCAGCUUCUGUGGUGUUAGAUACCAUGUAAUAGAAGCAACUCCAGAACUAGCUCUUUUAAAUACCUUCCAGGAAAACAACAGACUUGCACACGACAAGGAACUCAUGUCACACUCUUAGCAGCUAGAAACAUCAUAACUAGACACUGGAAGAGCCUAUAUGUACUUUUCCUUGUUUAUUUGUUUCUUGUAACAUAAGAAAAUCUUUAAUAAAAAAACUAUUUUUUAAAAAAGGUUUACUUACAAACUUUCCAAAGGUCAGGUUCAUGUGUUUCAGCAUUCAGAAAAAGUUGCACAGGCAGUAAAGCUUGGCUUAGUUCCAAAGUGGUGAAAGUUCCUAAACUAUUGGUAUUGAAACUCAAGAGAGACUUGUUGGAGCCAUACAGUCUGAGCUGGAGCACCGGGCUCAAACCUUUUUAUUCACAGAGCUUCUCAGGUAGUUUGGAGAUUGAACAAUAGGCUUGAUUACCCAUUUUCUCCCAAGAUAGGAGAAGUGACCUUGCUAAGCCUGGCAGGAUAGCUUUCUGUAUGGUAUUGACCCAUUCAUCCAUUAUAAUUUGACUUAAGCGUGAUGGUUAUAUGAGGCUGGUUAUCCCACAUUUUUAACAGCCCUGAGUACUUGGCCCUGAUGAAAUCUUCUGAAACCAUGAGUGAGGCUGAGCUGAGAUCUCUGUCGGACACAUAUGAUUCUGUCUAUCUACACCCAGUGAGUAUCCACAAAGCUCUGUACGUUCCCCAUGGCAUGGUAUCUGAACAACAAUUGAGUCAUCUGAGCUUUUUUAAAAAUAAAAAGAAGAGCAAGUUUCUAGCUCCUAUGGUUAGAGUUGAUGUUUCCUGACCCAGAGCAGUUGACACCUAUGCUGUGGCUCUGGAAGCUUCUGUUGAAUUUAAUCACUCCUUUGCAAGAGCAUCCCUCUCCUCUCCUUCAUACUGUAUUUGCCUGCAGUCUGAGGCUGCAUAUAUACCAUAUAUUUAAAGUGCAUUUAGAGCACGCACCCCCCAAAAAAUAUCCUGGGAACUGUAGUUUGUUAAGAGUGAUGGGAGUUGCAUCUCUGUGAGGGAUGAACUACAUUUCCCAGGAUUCUUUGGGUGGGUUUAAAUGUAUUGCUUUAAAUGUACGCUGUGUCUAUGGAGCUUGAGAGAAUCCCUUGAGGAUGUAUGGUGAAAAUAUAUAGGUGGCAAGAGGGCCCUUAAGCUCUUGGGUGGGUAGCCUGUUUAUGGGAUACAGGGUAUAGCAUCUGUUAACCUGGCUCUCUUUCCCCUACCCCAGAAUUCCUACCGCUGCGCCUGCCUUGCUGCUGGUUCUGUCCUGCAACUUGUGGAGAAGGUGCUGGCUGGGAAGCUGCGUAACGGCCUGGCUCUGGUCAGGUAUGGCAGAAACAAGGAUCCUUUUUGUUGUUUGAUUUGAGCGGGGGAGUCGUGCUUAAAUGUGGUCCUGGAGCUCCAUCAAGAGCACACUUGGCUCCUCAAUUUUACAGGUUCCCUCGCAAGUGUAGGAAGGGACAUAAAUUCUCCCAGUCUGUUAUACGCAAAGGACACAUGUGCUUCUCUUUGGUGUGUCUGUCUGUCCUUUCUUCCUUUCUCUCUCUCUUCACACCACAAGUGAGGAGGAAGGUAGGGGAGAAAUGGUAAGGAAGGAAGAUGAGUAUCCCUGGUGCAUGCACGUGCACACACACACACACACACACACACACAGGGCCAGAUUUAGGUUUGAUGAGGCCCUAAGCUACUGCAGGUAAUGGGGCCCUUUAUAUGUCCAGCUGUCCUUUGUCAACAACAAAUUGUCACUGUUUGUUGUGUUGAAUAUAUGACAAAUAGUUAUUUAUGGACCUAAAAGGUAUCUAAAGUCAUUUGCACAGAACAAAAAAUAUUUUAUCAAAGUAAUUGUUGUAAUACAGUUAAGAAGUAUAUUAAUAGUGAAAUACAGUUAAGAAGAAGUAUAUUAAUAGUGAAAUAAUUACCAGUGAUAUUUUAGGGAGCAGGCUAGCAGGCGGUACCCAUUACUUACAUCAUAGGAGCCUACACAACACAAAACACUGUUGUUGUAUGUAGGUUUAAUUUUAUUUGUUUUUUAUCUUAUAUUUUGGAAAUUUACAUCCAGGGUUUUUUUCCUUUAAUUUUUUUGGGUGCCCCCAAGAGAGUGGGGCCCUAAGCUGCAGCUUGUUUAGCUUAUACGUAAAUCUGCCACUGCACACACAACACAAGAAAAGUGAGGCCAUGACUUCUGUGUUUGCUGCAUGAUAUCUACAGCUGAAUUUUUAUACAUUGAAACAGAGAGCAUACUAACCUUGCAAAACAUAUUUGAUUUAUGCCACUUUAAUAAUUCUCAUGACUUGGCACGGUGGUUCUGAGAAUUCUCACAAAAGCUUAUGCCAGAAUAAAUGUUAACAAAUUUAGGGUGCUACAGGGCUCCCAGAGGUUCCUGUUCCCCUCCCACAAAGAAUCAGGGAUUCUCUGGGGGAGAGGAAGUAAGCAUUGAACCAGUCCCCUCCCCACUCCCACAGAAUUCAAGAGCAAAACAAAGAACAAACAAGAAUAAUAAUAUUAAAGCAAAAAUAUCCACACCUGGAAAACAUUUACCGUAUUUUUCGCUCUAUAACACGCACCUGACCAUAACACGCACAUAGUUUUUAGAGGAGGAAAACAAGAAAAAAAAUAUUCUAAAUGAAACAGUGGAUGUAUGAUUUUUGUGGUUCAUGCUGUGGCCACAGACAUGUGAUCUGACGGUGAGUUUGAGGUAGCCCAAUGCAAAAUCCUGAGGAUCCAUGUGGAUCCAUGCUUUGUAACCACGUUUUUGCACCACUGCGGCCCCAGGCAACAGUGGGUGCGUGAUUUUUUUGGUGCAAGCUGUAGCCAUGGACAUGCUAUCUGAUCUGAUGGUGAAUUUGGGGUGACCCAGUGCAAAAAUCCUGAGGAUCCAUGUGGAUCCGUGCUUUGUAACCACGUUUUAAGUGGGGAGGGAAGGAAAAGCACUGAAGGGACAAGGAACACGCGUGGGGUGGGUGGAGAAGGAUGCUGUUAAUAAUGCAGAAGAGGGGUAUAAGAGGAGAAGCAAGCAGGCUCUGCUUCUCUCCCUCCUCCCCGCUCGCUGAAAAACUUUGCUGCUAUUUAGCGAGCUGAGUGGGGAGGAGAGAGGGACAUGGUUGCUUUAAAGGAGCCAACUGGACAGGAGCCGCUUACACUCGUGUAAGUGGCUCCUCUCCUCUCCCGCUUUGCUCCUUUAAAGCAAGCAGGCUCUCUGUCCCUCUCUCCUCCCCACUCAGCAGCUCUUCUCCCGCUUUGCUGUUUCAAAGCGAGCCACGGAGGAGGGAAGGAAGGGGAACCAUGGAUCCUCUGCUCAUGACUGCAGCAGAUCCCCCCGCCAUCCAUAGGCAUUCCCUCCAUAACAUGCACAGACAUUUCCCCUUACUUUCUAGGAGGAAAAACGUGAGUGUUAUGGUGCAAAAAAUACGAUAGUUCCUCUGAACGAGGGCUGGGGGGCUAAUGGGAGGAGCCCCCCUUGUCUGAUCCAGGAGCAGAUGUGUGGUUGUGCUUUUCAACUGCUUCCUUUUCAUGGUGCUUUCUCACAAGACAGGUGUGAGAAGGCAUGUGAUGAUGUCUCCAACACUUUUGGGAACAUCCCCUAGAGGCCCACCAAAGUAUAAGGCUGGACACUUUCUGGAAUCACCAAGUCUCUCUUCCUGAUGUGACAUUCUCGUUCUGGGGUUAGCCAAUGUUACCUUUUUGGUUUCAGGCCACCUGGACACCAUGCUCAACGUGACAAGAUGGAUGGCUACUGCAUGUUCAACAACGUAGGCAUCGCAGCCCAAUAUGCACGACAAAAAUUGGGAGUGGAGCGGUGAGUAUCGUGGACCCAUGUCGGAGGUGCAUAGAGGCAGGCCUCCUAAAUGAAAUCCUUCAUUUUUAGAGCACGUAUCCUCAAUCCUCAAACCUUUCUCAUAGGGGAGCAAUCCAGGACUUUGGUCCUCUGUUGAGCGAGGAUCAAGGCAAUUAAUCUACCAAAGAGGAGUCUUCUAAUGUCCCUUUUCCAGACUUUUUCAGCAGUGGAUCUUUGCCUCCCUUUUUACAAAGAAACAUGGCUGCUUUUGAUGGAAAGUUGUAGCUGCUUUGUAGAAAAUACAGCAGCCACCCGCCUUGUACUUAUGCAGAAAAGGAUUGUAGAAUUAUGCUGUGCUGAAGUUUCGGUAACAAUUUGCCAUUUCUUUUAAAGUAAAGUGCAGCUGGUACAUUUAUGUCAAAUUGUGCAUAGCAUAGCAGCUAAGAAGCCCCUGGUUCCAAUGUCAUCUUUGCCACGAAUCCAUUAGCUGUCCUAAGGCUAGCCAGUAUUCUCUCGGCUUCAGAAAAUCCAUCUAUCCUGUUGGGGGUAAUAAUAUUGGCCUACAGGGCUGUUAAAAGCAGCAUUACAGUAAUUAGGGGAUGCCUGAAUAUUAGAAAUAAAAAUACUAAUAAUUACAUAGAAAUGGAGCUGGGUUUCAUCAGCAUACUGGUGGCAUCUUAUCCCAAAUUCUGCAGGUCUAUAAUAUCUAGGACUCAUUGGAGGGAUGUCAUUGACAGUGAGCAUUGAUGGUAACUUUUCUUUUUUCAGAAAGCUGAGCUGUGUGUAGUUCUCUUUUAUUAUUGGUGACCCUUCAUGUUUCUUUCCCUUCUAGGGUGCUUAUUGUUGACUGGGAUGUGCAUCAUGGACAAGGCACCCAGUACCUCUUUGAGGACAAUCCCAGGUGCAGAAUAAAAGGGAUCAGAGGGUAUUGGGCAAGGCUGUUUGGGGGUGAACAGGAAUUUGCAAAAGAAGGGGUGGUCUAGUUAAAUAUGGGCUGCAGGCUGGAAGGCUUGUAGCCCAACUGGGCUAAGAGUGCUGGACCAAUGGGCAAUAUUUCUCCUCACUGCUGUAUCUGCCAUGGUUUCUGUUCAUAGCAUCCUCUAUUUCUCCAUCCAUCGCUAUGAAGGGGGCAGCUUCUGGCCCCACCUUUUAGACUCUGACAGUCAUGCUGUGGGCAGAGGUCGGGGAGAGGGCUACAACAUCAACCUGCCCUGGAAUCAGGUAGGAAAUGCUAGUGGGUGGGGUGCCCUUUACCUGUAGAGUGAUUUACCUGUGUGUUUCAUUGCCACAGCCCCAACUCAAUAGUGGCAGCUCUAAGACAAGGUUUUUUGUGUGUCUGUUUGUGUUUCAAUGAGUUGCUUAUGGAUUAGGGCUCUCCUUCAAGAGUUUUAAUGUGCUCUGUCUGUCCCUCCAGAUAGGGAUGCGGGAUGCUGACUACCUCUCUGCCUUUUUGCAUAUCCUGCUGCCUGUGGCCUUGGAGGUGAGGAUUGGGAAGUAGAAUUGUUUGGUUAAUGGGAAAUCAAGUGAGAUCUUUGGCUUACCCAUUUCCUUUUGGGUUGUUUGUUUCUUGCAGUUUCAGCCCCAGUUGGUCCUGGUUGCUGCUGGUUUUGACUCUGUAAUCGGUGACCCCAAGGUAUGAAAAUGUCUUUUGCAAACUCUGCAGAACAGCCCUCGCUCCACAGCAGUGUUCAGGCUUCUGUCUGAAGGGAACCAUUCUACAUAGAAUUCUUCCAGAGCACCUAUUACCCCAAAGAGGAUUUAGGAGUGUGUCCUGGACUCACAUUUUCCAUGCAGAGUCUGUUGGGCCGCACGCUUGCCCUGUAAGAGGGAACUUAUUGGCUUAGAAUGUGCCCAGCCCUGUUGCUGCGCAUUGCAGGGAACAAUCUGCAAUUCUGGACAGACUGUUUUCACCCCCUCAUCUGCUCAAGUGUUGUUCUUCCCGCCCUGUCCUAAAUCCCCCAGACCAGCUGAUAGCCAAGGCUUCUUGUCUCCUGUCUUGAAGACGUAAAAGAGAGAACAGGAAAUGAAGUGAUUCUCUGGCCACUUUGCACUUUGUGAACACUAGUGACAAGAUGAGGCCAGGCUGCAAGCCCCGUUCUCCCCCUCUUGGUUCCAACAUCAGUGGUGAGCAGCUUGAGUGAAGAGCUACUGGCACCAGGUGGGAAGGAGCAGAUUGCUCUCCCAGCUUCAGCUUUUCAUUCAAGCUGUGAUUGGUGGGUGGGUGUGCGUGUGUGCAUGCUGGGCGUGCUCAUGUUCUUCCGUGUUGGUGAAAGUGAUUUGGGGUGAAGGAUUGCAGGGGCAGGAAGAGGGAGGGAAGGAAUCUUCUUCCCACCUCUCAUUCUGCAAAUCCUCUGGUCCCUGCUGCUUCCGUGCUGCUUAUCUAGAUCUGAGGCGUGCUUGAGCUCUAAGUAGACAACAUGGUGGCACUUCCAUCUGACUAGGAGGCAGAGGGGUCCUCCAUCCCUUCUAGCAGUUGUCCCCAGCUUGGCUCCCCCCCAGGUGAUGCUGGACUCCAGCUCCUGUUAUCCCUGACUAUCAGGCAUGCUGGCUAAACCUGAUUGGAGUUGGACUCCAAGAACAUCCGGAGGGCACAUUGGUUAGAUUGCUUUUAUGGGGCCUAAAACACAAUAUAUUAAUUAGUCCUGUAUAUCCAGCCCAUGGAGCUGCUGGAGGCCCUCUAAAGAGCUUCUCAGGGGGCUGCAGUGGAGGCAACUAAGUCACCUGACCCUCAUAUUUUUUCUGGGUUUUUAAAAUCUCCUCUAGUAGAAACCACUCCCCACCCAGUCAGCCUGUACCCCAAAAGUAAGAUAUGAGAGCAAAAUCCCCCACUUCUUUUGCAUCUGUAGGGGGAGAUGUCAGCCACGCCAGCAUGUUUUGCUCACCUGACACAUCUGUUGAUGCCGCUGUCUGGAGGCAAGCUGGUUCUGUCUCUGGAGGUGAGCAAUGUACACUUUCCAUCUUGUUCCUGGGCGAAGGAGAGCGGCUCCCGUACAGAUCUAGCUGCUCUCCCAGUGCAGGGACUGUGGCUGUCUUAUCUUUUCCCUUUCCUCCUCAUUUUCAGGGUGGCUACAAUCUCCAGUCCCUGGCAGAGGGAACCUGCGCAGUCCUCAAGGCUCUUUUAGGAGACCCCUGUCCUCUGCUGGAGUCUCCUCUUACCCCGUGUGCCAGGUAAGAGAGCGGGUGCAUUGGGCCCCUUCCCAAGCAUUGUGCCUGAGCGUUUCCUGAUGGCCGCCUUCACUUUUCCCUCCCAACAGUGCCCUCUGCUCCAUUUCCCAGACCCUUGCAGUUCACAGCAAGUACUGGAAGAACCUCCGGAGAACCAGUGAGUUCCGCAGCCUCUGCCUCUGUUUUGCCCUCUUUCUAAAGUAGCAAGAAACAAACCUGGUCUUCUUUGGUUCUGCUCGCUUCAUGCCAGGGCUGGCCCUGCCUCAGACAACUUGAUUUGGGGUGUCAUGAAAAGGCAUCAAAUGGUUAACUCUUUAAUGUGUUUUAUUAUUGCCAGGAAGUGGGGGGCAACAGCCCUUGUGGCAGUACAUGCUGCUUGUGGCUCUUGGUGGCUCUGCCUCAAUCAACAAGAUAUCCUGGGCCAGACUGUCUUCUUAGCCCCACAGGCUGCAGCUCCUUCCAGGAAGCAGAGGAACCCAAAUCCCCUACUUUUCCCUGCCUUCCCCCCAUAACGAUUCAGGUACUGAUGUGCCUCGGGAGAAUGGAGGAGAGGCGGGCACAGUUUUUCCACCAGGCCACCCCUUGCCAGCAGCCGAGAUCCUGUCCAAGUCAGCGGCUGAGCUGAUGCUACCCCGGCCCCCUUCCUGCACUGGGCUGGUCUAUGAUGAGAAGAUGACGGAGCAUUACAACAUGUGGGACAGGUAGGGAUCAAUUCCAUGCACAGCUUUUAAUGCAAGGCUUGUGGUUCCUCUGCCACCAUCCUGUGCUGCAGUUAGGCUUGAACAAAGCCUCCUGUGGGAGCCAGUGGAAAGUUUCCCCCCACCCCCAAGCCCCAAUACAGUUGCAGGGAGUUGGCUUUGGAAAGGGUUAACUACUGUCCUCUCAGCAGGAGCAUCCCACACAUACACCCUUUCGAUGCCCAUGCAAUGUGGGAGAACGAUAAUACUUACAGGGUUGCUGCCAAGGUUGCAGCUGCACCAGCAGUUGCCCAGAAAAGAAAGCUUCUAUUGUGGGGGGGGACUCUCAUUCACUCCCCCAAGAGCUUUUUUCUUAUGUAUGCAAAUAAGGAUGUGGGGAGGUGGCGCUUCCAGAUCAGGACCACAAUGUAGGGAUGAAUGGGGUCUCAAGAGCCAGUGUGGUGUAGUGGUUAAGAGCGGUAGACUCGUAAUCUGGUGAACCGGGUUCACGUCUCCGCUCUUCCACAUGCAGCUGCUGGGUCACACUUCUUAGCCCCACUCACCUCACAGAGUGUUUGUUGUGGGGGAGGAAGGGAAAGGAGAAUGUUAGCUGCUUUGAGACUCCUUAGGGUAGUGAUAAAGCGGGAUAUGAAAUCCAAACUCUUCCUCCUCCUCCUCCUCCUCCUCCUCUUCUUCUUCUUCUUCUUCUUCUUCUUCUUACUAUCUAUAUUCCCCCCCCCCGCAAGGUGGCUAUUUGUGGAGGGGGGAAGGGGGGAAUUACAUAGCUGGUCCCUAAAAAGUGGGCAAGUGACGUCCUCGCCAUCUCUCCCAUGAAGUUUGGGGGGCAGGUUCCCACACCCCCUUGUCCUCCACUUUCCUCCCAAGUCUUGGCGCCCGGCCUUCCCUUAGCGCUCCCUCUCUUCCAUAGCCAGCAUCCAGAGCUGCCUCAGAGAGUCUCCCGGAUCUUCCAGCGCCACGGGGAGCUCCGCCUGACGGAAAGGUGCUGCCGGCUCCCGGCCCGGCUCGCCUCUGAAGAGGAGCUGCGGAUGUGCCACAGGUGGAGAUGCACCCCCAGAUUGCAAGAGCCUUUGCAGCUUCUGGAAGUGGGUUAGGGUGGGUGUCCUGGAAAGGGCGGGCUAGUAACUUCUGAGGCUCCGCCCUCUUCCUGUGGGGGGGGGGGUGCCGACUCUGUCUUGCGUCUCCUCUCUGCAGCCUGGCCUAUGUGGAGACGGUGAAGUCAACAGCGGCCAUGAAGCCCCGUGACCUGCAUCGCCAGGGCGACCAGUACAAUUCCAUCUUCAUCUGCGCCAGCUCCUAUGAGUGCGCUCGGCUGGCGGCUGGUUCCGCGUUCAGUGCAGUAGAGGCUGUGCUCUCUGGGCAGGUGAGUGCUGGAGGCCUAGUGGGGCAGGGGGUGGCCAGUCAUCUUGCUCCAGGUGCAGACCAUCCUGGAGGCCUGAAGGCAGGACUGAGUGGUGGGGGACUCAGGGAAAGACCCUGGAGAGGAGGAGUCCUAGUGGGCACAGGGAAGGCAAGGACCUUCAGUCCUUGCAACUGCUUCAUCAGGGCAAGACCUCCUAGAAAGAGUUGCUGAGACCACUAGGCUGGCGCUGUGGUUUGUUUCCUUCAAUAAAUAAUUAACUUUUUAAUUUAUGUAUUUUUUUAAAAAAAUUUUUUUGUAUUUUCAAUUUUACAUAAGCAUAUACCGUAAUCCCUUCUGAUUUCCCUCCCCCCCCCCCCCACAUUGUAGAUCUUAAUGUACAGCGGUGCCUCGCAAGACAAAAAUAAUCCGUUCCGCGAGUCUCUUCGUCUAGCGGUUUUUUCGUCUUGCGAAGCAACCCUAUUAGCGGCUUAGCGGAUUAGCGCGUUUAGCGGUUUAGCGGCUAUUAAAGGCUUAGCGGCUUAGCGGCUAAAAGGCUAUUAGCGGCUUAGCAGCUUAGAAAAAGGGGGGGAAAGCGAAAAAAAUCGCAAGACUCACAAGACGUUUUCGUCUUGUGAAGCAAGCCCAUAGGGAAAUUCGUCUUGCGAAGCGCAUCGAAAAACGGAAAACCCUUUCGUCUAGCGGGUUUUUUGUCUUGCGAGGCAUUCGUCUUGCGGGGCACCACUGUAAUGAUUUCCCCAUCUGCAUCUCUAUCAUAACUCUAUUUUUAUAAAUCCUUUGUCAGUCCAUAGUUCAAAUUUUUACUACAAGUUUUCUGUCAAUUCUACCAGUGUUUGUAAUUGUUUACAAUAGGUGUUCAAAUAAAUUAUAAACUUUCCCCAUUCUUUAUUAAAGACCUCCUCGUGGUUUCUAAUUCUUCCUGUAAGUUUUGCCCUCUUGGCAUACUUCAUCAGUUUUGUCUGCCAUUCUUCUUUGGUCUGAGUGAUACCAUCUUUCCAUUGCUGCACAGCUGUGGUCGCAUACAUAAAUAGUUUUGUCUGGUCCUUCGGGAUCUCUGGUCCUAUAAUACCUAAAAGAAAGGUUUCUGGUUUCUUAGGAAAAGUUAUUUUAAACAUUUUCUUCAGUUCAUUAUAUAUCAUUUACCAGAAGUCUUUUAUCGUCGUACAUGGCCACCACAUAUGAUAAAAAGUACCCUCUUUUUCUUUACAUUUCCAGCACAUUUUAGACUUUGAUUUGUACAUCUUAGCUAAUUUGCUAGGAGUUAAAUACCAACAAUACAUUGAAAUAUUGUUUCGUUGCUGACCUGUGCCUGACUCCAGCCCUGAUACUAUGGUACUGACCAAGUUCACUUUUUCCUCCUUUGGGGCAUCAGGUCCAAAACGCUGUGGCCAUUGUCCGGCCCCCUGGGCACCAUGCUGAAUCAGACACCGCCUGUGGCUUCUGCUUCUUCAACUCUGUGGCCUUGGCAGCACGAUACGCACAGCGCCUUGCUGGACGGCCUAUGAGGUACAGUGGCACCUGGCUAACCCCUAAGAGGCACAGAGCACCCAGAGAGGACUAGCCACUUGACAGCAGCAUUGCUGUUGUGUGCUGAGAGGGGGUGGGGCUUGCUGGUGAUGAGGUCAGGGAUGUAGAGAAGCACCUGAGGACAGUUCCAGAUUCCCUCCAUCAGUCUAUCUGCAUAGCCCCACAGAGCACAUCUCGUUCUACAAACUUCAGCAGGUUUAGCUGUUAUUAUUUGUCCCCCACCAGGAGUCCUGGGAACUGUAGUGCUGGUGGCCUGGCAGCCUAUUUGCAACUCAGUUUCUAGCAUAGAUGUAGCUGCUUUUCUGGUUCUUUUCCUCAGGGUGAUGAUACUAGACUGGGAUGUUCACCAUGGCAAUGGGACACAGCACAUGUUUGAAGACGAUCCCAGGUAACCUAUUUUGCUUCCCAUCUCCCCUGUUCAAAGAAACUCUGGCACUAAAUCUCUUCCAAGGCUGCAGAUGCAGGUCUGGUGGUGGGGAUUUCCGCUCAGCUUCAGGCUUGAGAUGGGUAGUUCUAAUUCCUUUUCGAUGGAGGCUGUGAAUUGGGGCAAAAAGCCUUAAUGCUCUGCAUCAAGAAACUCAUCCACCUUAUACAUAGCUGGAAUAAGCCAUGUGGAUCACAGAACCAUUUACUUAUUAAUUAAAAUGUUUUAAAUCUUGCCUUCCAUUUUAAAAAAAACAUGCAAGGCAGUGUUAAAAACAGAAGCAUCAAGUAACAUCAUAAAUAAAAGUUAUUUUUUUUAAUUUAUAAAUUUUUAUUGGAAAUUUUAUUUACAACAUAACAUAACCCCCCACCCCCCAUACAGAAAUCCACCCUCAUUAAACGUGAACAUAACAUACAACGAGCAUAACAUACAACAAUACAAACAACCAAAUAAAAGACUUUCUUUAUCCUGUAUCUGGUCUCCUUAUUUACUUCUUAUAAGCUGUUUCCUUUAUGAAUAAUUAUUAAGAUUUUUCUAAUUAUAACUUAAAUAUCCACAAAGUCUCCUGCAGACAUUAAUCAAAACAAAUCUAGGUAUGUAUUUUAGGGCACUGUUUUGUGAAGUAUUCUCUGCAUUUCCCCCAUGCUUUUUGAAACUCUUGUCUAGUGUGAUCUCUAACUGCCUCUGUCAAUCUAGCCAAUUCAAUAUACUCUAACAGUUUGUUUUGCCAUUCCUUUUCUGUUGGCACAGUUUCUUUUUUUCAGUUUUUAACAAUUAUUUAUUAGCUAAAAACUAAUUGCUAAGAAAUAAAAGUUAUAAACAAGCAACAACAGGCAAGAAUAGCCUUCGUGCUUUUUCUUCCUGCUGAGCCGAGUUUUGUCUUUUAAACAAACCUUAAAACUUCUGGUUAGACGUGUAUGUAGAUUUAUUUUGUUGUGGUCAAUAGACCAGAAUAGCAAGGGAAAGGGCACAAGUCAUCUGUGCAAGGUGGCAGAGGCCACAAGAAAAGAGAUGGGAGGUGUGUAAGCCCCUUCGAGGCUGAGCUCAGUGGUGGGACCAGGAACGACCUAGACUCCUGUUCUGCCCUUGAUCAUCCAGUUGUGCCCAUGCAAUUCCUAGGCAUCCUGAUUUGUGAUUGGGGUGUGUGCAAAUGAAGCUGCAACAUCCCCUUUCUCUGAUUGCUUCCCCUUCUUCCAAAUUAGUGUCCUGUACGUCUCCCUCCACCGCUAUGACAAUGGAACUUUCUUCCCCACCUCCGAGGAUGCAGACUAUGAUCGUGUAGGCCUGGGGCCUGGGGAGGGCUUCACCCUUAACGUGCCUUGGAACUGUCCCCGCAUGGGGGACCCUGAGUACCUGGCUGCCUUCCAUCAGAUAGUCAUGCCUGUCAGCUAUGAGGUAGGCAAUGUUUGGGGCAGGGAAUGAGGGUGGAUUGGUGCCAGUCUCCACUUCCUGGAAGCCCAGGCACACUCUUGGGCUUGUGGCACAGAUAGGGUUCAACACAGGAACAUAGGAAGGGCUCAUCCAGACUUCAGCUUGUCCCUUGCCUAGAAAGCACAGAUCUGAGCAGUUUUCCCCUUGUCCCGCUCCUUUCCCAGGGAAAACCCGCUCUUUAGCUAUAAAACCUGAUUGCCGUUUGUUCCAAUUGAUCGCUAAAGAAUGGCAUUCCCCAGGGGAAAGCAGCAGGGGAAGAGGGAAGUGCGGAUGAGCCUUGACUGACAUCAGCUCUCCGGGGUUUCCAGCAGGAGUCUCUCCCAGCCCUAUCCGGAGAUGCCAGGGAUUGCAAAGCCAAUGCUCUAACCACUGAGCUAUGGCCCUUCCUCAAGGAGCAGCCAUUGCUUCUCCCAAUGAAUGGGUAGUUUGGGGAGGGUGUGACAAUGCUGUUAAGAGGCUCCUAACCAGCCCUGCUCCUUUAUAAGUGCCGGAAAGACAAAAUGAUCGGUCAACUAGUUAGUAGUGUGGAUGUGCUUUCAGACUUGUAAAUAAGUGCUGGACUGCAGCAAUGGAAAAUGGGGUGGGCAACCAGCUUGGCUCAGUGCAAGCAGUAUUUGGGCUGGGCUGGACGUAGUCCUCACCAUUGACAGUGCUGGCUGGGGCUGACGGGAGCUGGAGUCUUUGGAGGGCCAUCCCUGUCCCAGGUAGAUGGAUAUGCCUAAUAGAUCUGAGGAGUUAGAAAGGGGCUGAGGGAGCAGCAUUCUUCUCUAUUGCAUCUUUGGCCAGGGAGGAAGAGCGAGAAGUGAAGCUACAGGGAACAAGGCAGAGGGCCUUCUCGGUAGUGGCGCCCCCCCACAUAGAAUGCGUGCCAUCAGAUGAUAAGAUGUUAAAACAUUUAGGAAACAUCUGAAGGCAGCCCUGUAUAGUGAAGCUUUUUAAGGUUUAAUGUUUUUAUAUAUGCUGGAAGCUGCCCAGAGUGGCUGGGGCAACCCAGUCAGAUGCUGGGGUACAAAUAUUUUAUUAUUACAGUGGUACCUCGGGUUAAGUACUUAAUUCGUUCCGGAGGUCCGUACUUAACCUGAAACUGUUCUUAACCUGAAGCACCGCUUUAGCUAAUGGGGCCUCCUGCUGCUGCUGCGCAGCCGGAGCACGAUUUCUGUUCUCAUCCUGAAGCAAAGUUCUUAACCUGAAGCCCUAUUUCUAGGUUAGCGGAGUCUGUAACCUGAAGCGUAUGUAACCCGAGGUACCACUGUAUUAUUAUUAAGGGGAAUUAAGGGCCUCUUCUAUUUGCAGUUCAAUCCAGAGCUGGUCCUGGUUUCUGCUGGCUUUGACGCUGCUCGAGGGGACCCGCUGGGCGGAUGCCUCGUGACCCCAGAAUGCUACGCACACAUGACCCAUCUGCUCCUGGGUCUGGCCGGAGGCAAGGUGGCAGUUGUCUUGGAGGUAGGACAGAGUGCUUCCUUUUACCUCUUGGGGUGCACGGCUUGUGAGCCAUCUCCAGGGCCAGGAAACACCUGGUUGUUCAGAAAGGGGUGGAGUACUGCAGGAAAGUAAAUGCGGGGCUGGCAUCCACAGCAAACAAUUCCGACAGAGUGGUGAAAAUAAAUAAUACUUUUUUGGAGCUGGAACCCUGCGGGGUGGUAAAAGGUGGGGAGAAUGUUUCAGGUGGAAACAGGGAAAUAGUUAAGUACACCUUCUCCAUUUCAAGGCCUGGACAUUUUGCAAAGGUGAAAGGGCUGCCAGGGUUGGCACUGCAGCACAGUGACUCGAGUUUGCCUCUCAGUGAAUGGCUGCCACUCAAUGCUGUGGGAAAAGCAGACUUCUGCACUUGGAGGUACCUGUGCUGUGGGGCAGGACUCUGCCCUGGGUUCAGCCUUGGCUACUUUGACAGGGAGGAAGAGAUGACAGCCAGGAUGCAAACCUGAAUGUCACCUUCAGGGGUCCUGACAAGGCAUUAGCAGUGGGCAUUUUACUUGUAGUAGAAACAGUCCUCAUUUGCCCUCUUCCUUUCAUAGCAAGUAAGGGCUCGUCCCCAUGUCUAAAAAGCACAGAUCCAAGCAGUUUCUCCCUUGACCUGCUCCUUUCCCAGGGUAAACCCUCUCCUUAGCUUUAAAUAGGAGCAAACGUCAAUCCAGAGAAAACCCAAAUUGCCGUUUGCUCUCAUUGAGUGCUAAUGAGUGGGUUUUCCUGGGGGAAAGCAGUGGGGCAAAUGUGAACGAGCCCUAAGUAAUCAAAGCCAACAUUUCUACACUUGCCCUCCCCAUAGUCUCUACUUAAAGGCUGCUGGUGUAGCCUAGUGGCUAAGCAGGUGAACUGCAACUCAGGAAGCCUCUGGUUUGGAAUCUCCCCCCUGCCACGAACUCGUUAGGUGCUCUUGGGCAAGCUGUACCCUCUCAUCCUUACCCCAUCUGCAACCUGACUAUAAUGAUUUCUGGCCUGCUUUAAAAGGCUUGUUGUGACAAUUACCACAAGACAACAUAGGUGCGUUCAACGUCUGUUGUACCCUCGAGCAUUAUGCAUCGUACUUUUCCGUGUAUUAGACAAGGUUUUUUUUACUCUAAAAUAAAGUUUUAAAUGGGGGGGGUCCAUCUUAUACAUGGAUAGUGCAGAGGGGGGACGGGUGAUUGAUUGCAGCCGCGAGCAGGAUUUAGGGAUUGGGUGGGUGAAUGGUGUCGGCGUCAAGGGCUGCUUUGGAUUGGCUGCUGCUUUGUCAAGUGGGUGGGUUAUUUGUGGAUGCGUCAAGGGCUGCUUUGGAUUGGCUGCCACCUCGGCAAUUUGGUGUGCGUUGCUUGCGAUUGUUAGUGUUUGUCAGUUGGGUGAGUGAUUUUCUGCAUCCCCCCCCCCCAAAAAGUAGCUCAACAACUCUGGUCAAUCCUCUGGGCCAUCUCCCCCCAUUUUCUUUAAUUUUAGUCCCCCAAAAUAGGAAGCGUCUUAUACAUGGGGACAUCUUAUAGACAGAAAAGUAAAGUUGGCCUUCUUUUCAUUGUUGCUUCCUCACAUUUCCCCCUCCAUCAUGGCACACAGCAGCCAUCAUCAUUCACGGCACCACCUCCCCAGUGGACCCAGUGACAGUGGGUCAUAAGGACUAGAAGCUUCUUUUUUGUAUUUUGAAUUCCAACAGAGGUUCUUUGGGAUAGCAAAUUCCACACCUACAACGUGAACAUGCAGGACUUGCCCAGCAGACUUGUACGUGGUUGCAUCUGGGGUGCAAUUUCUCUGAACUUUCCUUUCCCCCUUUUCCAGGGCGGCUACAACCUAGAAUCGAUCUCGGAAUCCAUGACCAUGUGCACACGCAGCCUCCUGGGGGAUCCUCUGCCCCCGCUGGGACGCCUCAAGGCCCCCCACCCCAGUGCCCUGCAAUCUUUGGCCAAUGCAGCUGCUGUGCACCGCAAGUACUGGGCAAGCCUGCGGCUGGAAGGUGAAUUGUCUCUCUCCUGUCCUCCUCUGUUCCUUGGUGGUGAAUGCUCUGCAUCAGAACUAUUGCCAUGUAGAGGGUGAGGGUGUGAGCUGGGGGCUGAUAGGUCUCUGCUGUGAAUUCACAGAAUGGCCUUUAGGCAUAGCUCUGUUUGUCAGCCUCAUCACCCUCCCCCCCUCACCUCUCCUGCGGGUCAGGGAGUAACACUACUGGGUUGAUGUAAACAUUACUGCAGGGGUGGUGGACUCUGGAUUCUGUCAAUUUUGCAUAUCAAAUGUUACCAGUUCCAACCUGCCAAGUUGGGUGUCUGCUGCAGAUGAAAGGCAGCGACAGGGCACAUCUCAACCUGCUGAGCAGCUUUAAAGGGCCUGGGAGCAACUGCCAGGAAAGUCCCAAUACAGGGGGUGGAGAUUGGGUUGUGACUCUCCCACAUAGGUGCAGCCCAGUCUCUGUGUGGGCUGUGUUUCAAUACUCAUUGCAAAAGAGGGCCAGGCAGAGAGGCUGCAGCUGAAUAGGUCUACAGGGAAGCAUAGAGGAGAGGCCUGAAGUUAAAAGUGCACAGGUAAGGCAGUGAUCAGACCUGAGACUCCAAAGAGAUGGAGGGGGAAGAAGGGCUUUGUGGUGGAAUAGUUCUGUGGCUAUUCAAAAGAAAAUGCCCUGGAAUGCAGAAAGUGUGGGUCGAAGCCACUUUCUCCACAGAGCACAUGCCUUGCCUUCUUACAUCAUGUGGUGGAAGCCCCACAUUUCCUUUGCUAAGCCACUUGUGGAAGAUCACUGCAGCUGGUGCUCAUGGCCUGCUCAACCGCAGCCUCUCUCUAUUUCCUCCUGAAGCUUCGAGGUGCAUGUUAGGCAAGCUUCAACUUUCAUCUGGGGGUAAUCUCCGGUGAUAUCUGCCUCCUCUGCAAAAGCUACAUAGGGAAGGAAGUAGGACAGCUUGUUGGGGGUGGAUAUUUCAGGGCGAUUGUGAUGUCAGCAGCUUUUAAUCUCAAGGUUGUGGGUUCGAGCCCCACAUUGGGCAAAAGAUUCCUGCUUUGCAGGGGGUUGAACUAGAUGAUCCUCACAGUCCCUCCCAACUCUGCAGUUCUAUGAUCCUGCGCACCUAGCAACCAGCACAGCUCAGGAGGAGGGCAAAGAAGUCUCCUUCUGAGAUGGCACUGAGGAUUGGUAGAAUGACUGCUGAUGUCACAACAUCCCCUUAUCUACAUGACACUGCCAGGAGGGGGUGAGCUUCAGAAGAGGACCGGAGAGAGUUGGGGGAGGAGGCAGGGGCCUGAGGACAGGGGGGAGAAGAAGCAGGUGCCAGGAGACAGAAAGGCGAGGCAAAACAGGCCAGGAAGGGAAGCUGGAGUUGGCACUCUCCUAUCUCUCUGGCUCCGUUUGGAACAAUUGGACGGCAGCUCAGUGGCUGUGGGAAGAGGAGGAGCAACCUAUAUCUUGUCUCCCCAGUGCCUGCUCCUCUGUGGGAGAAGCCCAGGACUCGAGCUGGGAAAGGAACUCCCAUUCCAGAUGAAAUUCCCCCAGAGGCCCCCCAGGAGCUGCUUCAGAGCCCCGGCGCUCAACCUGUGAAUACCUUGAAUGAUGCCGUUUUGGCUCUGAGCUCCCUCCAGCUGGAAGACCGCCUUGCGGAGGAGGCAGAGACAGCUUCCAGUUCCCUCUCACCCGAUUCCAGUCCGGUGGGCGAAGAGGCUGGGCACAAGGUUGGGGCCUCCCCUAGAGAAGCUGAGCCAGCGGUGGAUACCCAGAAGGAAGGCAUGUCGACAGGGAGCUCCACGGGUGGAACGGAGUCUCCUGGCAAAGAGGCAGAGGUAGGUGCCAGGCAGCUGUGCCAGUGCAAGCCAUGGUGUGCGGGCUCACCCACACUUGCGCUUGCCUUGCUGCUUUCCCCUGGGGAAACACGCCGUUUACCGCUGAAUCAGAGCAAAGCAACUGGGUUUUCUCCGGAUCGGUGUUAGCUCUGAUUUAGCCCGAAAGAGCAGGCUUCCUGGGGGAAAGGCAAACCCAUGCCUAGAAAGCAAGAGACAAAUGAAAAAUUGCUUGGGCUUGUGCUUUCUAGGCAUGGGAGAAGCAGAAGUGUGAAUGAGCCCUGAUUUGUGUUGUAAAUCUGACUGGAGCUUUUAAAACUGGAACAGACAUUUGAAGGUUUGUCAGGGACAAAGGAGGAGUGAUCCUGGGGGUGCCUGUAACCGCCAGGAGGGAACUCUGGGAGUUGUAGCUCUGUGAGGGGGAACAGGAAUCUCUUAGCAACUCCUAACAAAAUUUGGCAUCCUUGAAUUCUGAGAUCUGUAAUUCAUGAACAGUGCUAAGAGUUGUUAGUAAAGGUAAAGGGACCCCUGACUGUUAGGUCCAGUUGUGGACGACUCUGGGGUUGCGGCACCCAUCUUGCUUUACUGGCUAAGGGAGCCGGCGUACAGCUUCCGGGUCGCCACCCUUAUUCCCCUCAGAGCUACAUUUCUCAGAGUUCCCUGGAAAGAGGGACGGACUAUUGAACCACUCUGGGAGUUGUAGCUCCGUGAGGGGGAGUAGGGAUCUCCUAGCAACUCUCAGCACCCAUUAAGAACUAUAUCUCCCAGAUUUUUUGGGGGGAAGCCAUGACUUUUUGUAGAGCUGUCCCUGAGAUCUAAAUGUAUGCUGCGACAGUGGCCUGUGCUCGGUUGAAUCUUGCUGUACCUGCCACACACUCUUCUCUAGAUCAGUAGCUUUUCUGGACUACCCACUUUUUUUCUUUCCCCAUUGGCUUGUUUGUCAUAUGGCUCCUGCGCAGUGAAAAGGAUUCUGGGGUACCAGCCCUGCUUGUACGCAGAAUGUACCUAGAAAUCACCCAACCAUCCUCCGUGGCUUCAAAUUGGAGGGAGAAGAUUGAUAGUGCUGGGCAAGCUUAUUCUGGGAACUUGUCGUCUGUCAUAUUCCAUAAAGGCUAUAAAGCAAGCACCCCCAACCUUCGGCCCUCCAGAUGUUUUGAACUACAAUUCCCAUCAUCCCUGAUCACUGGUCCUGUUAGGUGGGGCUCAUGGGAGUUGUAGGCCAAAACAUCUGGAGGGCUGCAGGUUGGGGAUGCCUGCUAUAAAGAGUCCUGUUUUGGGGCACGGUGGCGUGGAAUUACUACUCUAAAUCAUGGGUAGGCAAACUAAGGCCCAGGGGCCGGAUCUGGCCCAAUCCCCUUCUAAAUCCGGCCUGCAGAUGGUCCGGGAAUCAGUGUGUUUUUACAUGAGUAGAAUGUGUGCUUUUAUUUAAAAUGCAUCUCUGGGUUAUUUGUAGGGCAUAGGAAUUCGUUCAUUUUUUUCCUUCAAAAUAUAGUCCACCCCCCCCCCCGACAAGGCCUGAGGGACAGUGGACUGGCCCACUGCUGAAGAAGUUUGCUGACCCCUGCUCUAAAUCCUUCUGGUUUUUUGGACCCUGGACCUCAGCCUGUGGCAUGAUGCCCACUCAACGUUUCCCCAAAUCUCUGUCUUCUUUCUCCUCCCCCUGAAACAGCAUUUCUUUUCUAAAUAAGAAAACACAGCAGAAAGGGGGCCUAAGCUGCUCCCACACAAGCCUUUUCCUCCAAAAGGAGGGCAGGGGGCUGGUUGCGCUCCCCUCCCACUUCACUGCUUGUGUUUCUACGUACUGGAGGCUCCUUUAUUCUAGAACUGUAGCGUUGCCCGUGGUGUGCUUGGAAUGAAAAAUCGCUGGGUUUCACGUCUCUCUGAUAUCUGAAGCAAGACCUGACCCUAAAUCUCACUUCUCUUUCCUCCAUCGCCCCUGCUUCAACCAGGUAAGCCCACCGGCUGGCCCCCCAAUGCUAGCGGAGGUUAUUCUGCUUGACGAAGCUGCAGGUGGCUGCUCUUCCUCCUGUGACCCGCUUGAAGAAGACCUGGCAGAUGAAGUAAGUUUGGGGAGAGAUGGGAGGGUACCUGGGAUUGGAUUUUCUGGGCUUGGCUGGGGUUGAGGUUGGGUGCCAGGAUGCAGAGAUGAUACUCUCUCUCUUUCUAGGGGUUGUUUUAUGCUGUGACUCCCUUGCCAUGGUGCCCCCACCUUGACUCAGUGCUCCCUGUGCCUUCCCUUGGCUUGAAUGUGCUGGAGCCCUGUGCAGAAUGUGGCAGCAUGGCAGAGAAUUGGGUCUGUCUGAUUUGCUACAAGGUAAGGUGGGCAAAGUGCAAGUAGAUAAAUAGGUACCGCUCCGGUGGGAAGGUAAACGGCGUUUCCGUGCGCCGCUCUGCUUUGCCAGAAGUGGCUUAGUCAUGCUGGCCACAUGACCCGGAAGCUGCCAAUAAAGUGAGAUGAGCUCCGCAACCCCAGAGUUGGCCACGACUGGACCUAAUGGUCAGGGGUCCCUUUACCUUUAAGGUGGGCAAGUGGGGGGGGGGGGCUUAGGUAAACUGGGAGUGACCCCCACCAUCCAUAAAGUGAAUUAACAGUACCGGGUUUUUAGGUUUUUGUUUUUUUAAGGGUUGUGUUUUAGUUGGUUUAACAGCUAACAGAUAAGCUAUCACUACUGGAGCUUCGGUAAUGGGGGAACCUCAAAUGAUGGCAGUCUGGAGUGGGGGGAUUAGGGUGAGUUUUAUUAAUGACUCAGUGGGGUUUUGCACCUAUAUCUCCCCAGUCCUAGCCCAGUGCUCUUAAUUGCCACACUAUGCUGUCUUUUUUGUACCCCAGUUACAUUUUCGUUGGGAAAGAUUGUUUUUUUCCCCUUUCCCUCCUUGCUGUGGGGUUCACUGUAUUUGUUGUAUGCAAGGAGAUUUCUCUCCAUGUUGUAUUGUCCUUAAACAUGUUGAGGCGCUGUGCAGACUGCCUUCUGCGGCAUGCUGACUUGCCUCCUUGAGUUCUCUGAGGUGAUCCACUCCACAGUACAGUGGUACCUCUGGUUACGUACUUAAUUCGUUCUGGAGGUCCAUUCUUAACCUGAAACUGUUCUUAACCUGAAGCACCACUUUAGCUAAUGGGGCCUCCUGCUGCUGCCGCGCCGCUGGAGCACGAUUUCUGUUCUCAUCCUGAAGCAAAUUUCUUAACCUGAGGUACUAUUUAUGGGUUAGCAGAGUCUGUAACCUGAAGUGUAUGUAACCCGAGGUACCACUGUAUCUGCUUUCUGUCUUCCUCCUCUGUUUCUGAUACUUGCCAGAUGGGGUGCUGAUGUGUGGUCCGUCCUCUCUAAGAGCAGAAGAGUUGAGCUUCAGAUAGCUGUCCUUGGUUUAUUCAUUUUCAAAUGAGUCUAUUUGGUCCAUUCCCAAGGUUAGUCUUGUCUUUUGGAGCCAUUCCCACCAUCAUCUAAGCCUGCCUUCUUCCACCCCAUUCAGGUUUGCUGUGGCCGCUACAUUAAGCAACAUAUGGUAGCUCACAACUCAGAGUCUGGGCAUCCGCUGGUUCUUAGCUUUGCGGACCUCUCUGUCUGGUGCUAUGGAUGCCAAGCCUAUGUCCACCACCCGGUGAGUUGUGUCGUGCUUUGGUACUUUUCUCACCCUUUCCUUUCCCAGGGGUUUGCCCUUCAGCUUGGAAAUACCAAACCAGUGUGAUGAGAUGCACAUUUGCUUGGGGAACGGACACCCCCACCCCCAUCAGUCCUGUCAUUCAACACAAAUGAUACAUAGCCAUCUGAGCUGCAGUGCUUGGUGGAACAUCAGUUGGGGUUGCAAAUCAUUACUUGAGGCUUGGGAGGUGGUGUGAAGAGCUUUCACCCCUCUUGGGGAGCCCCAAGAUAAUCUGAUGGCUGUUGCUUUUAAGGGGUUCCAGCCCCAGUGCACUUGGAGUGACAUAAUCUGGUUUGCCGCUGAACUAGUUUACUUGGGUACUGAAUUCACUAUGUGCAUUAUGCUUUCCCCCACUGAGAUACAAAAGUACCGUAUUUUUCGCACCAUAGGGCGCACCGGACCAUAGGGCGCACCCAGUUUUUAGGGGGGGAAAUCAAGAAAAAAAAUAUUUUUUCCCCCAGCCCCAAAGAGCAGCGUACAGGCUGCGAACAACCUCUCCCUGCCGGGAUCCCGCUUGCUGUUUUGGCUUCCCCUUUAGCCCCGUGCAGCCUCUCCUUGCCGGGAGACGCUGCGCAGAGCUUCUCCUGGCUUUCCUGGGAGGUGGGGGGAUUCCCUCACCUCUCGCAAAAGCCCGCAGAAGCUGCGCAACCCCUUUAAAGAGAUCACGGCUUCUCCUGGCUUUCCUGGGAGGUGGGGGGAUUCCCUCACCUCUCGCAAAAGCCCGCAGAAGCCGCACAACCCCUUUAAAGAGAUCGCGGCUUCUCCUGGCUUUUCUGGGAGGUGGGAGAAGGGACUGAUGCGGCCAGUCAGUCCCUUCUCCCUCCUGUGGAAAAGCCCGCAAGAGCGCACGGAGCUUCUGUGCGGCUCUUGGGGGCUUUUCCCGCCUGCCUCCCCCCUGCAUUCGCUCCAUAGGACGCACAGACAUUUUCCCUUGCUUUUUAGGAGGGAAAAAGUGUGUCCUAUGGUGCGAAAAAUACGGUAAGCUUUUGGCAGCUUUUGAACAGGAACAGCCAGUGCUUUUUUUCUAAAAAAAAGGUUUAGGGGUACUCUCAUUUUGACUCAAGAAAAUCACCAUUUUAUAGUUCAAAUCGGAAAAAAUAAAUACAGUAAAUGGACAAAAGUACAAAGAUUCAUAAAAUGUUUAGGGGUAUGUGUACUCCUGCGUACCCCCAGAGAAAAAGAACUGGGAACAGCAAAUAAGGGCUUUGUUUCACUCUAGCUCUUUUUAAGAAAAAGUUUGAUUGACAGUGGCAUUAAAGAAGAGUGUGGGUGGAAUGUUCCAUCAUUAUUGACAAGAGAUUGUUCUCUGAUGGGGCCAACUUCUUCCAUUAACAGAGAAUCCAGAGGGAUUUCUCUCCCACCUGGGGCUAUUCCGUUCCAUUAUGCUGAGAGCAGAGCAAAUUCGCUCUUUGCAGAGAGGAUUCUGUGAACUGCAUGGAAUGUGUUUCUGCUGGCAGCACUGAAGGUUUUUUGCCUCGCUGUCUGCUAUGGCGGAAUUUUAUGUACGUAAUUAAUGAUGUAGUUAAUUACUUUAUCAUGACAUUAACCCACACCACUGAUUUCAACACAGAGGCCAUUCAUUUCAGUGCAAAGGAAACCAGUGCAAAUGGGGUAAAAAUGUCAUCAUUUGCAGACUGAAAACAGCUACAGUGAAUGCCAAUCAUAUUCACUCAAUUGAUUUUCUUUCCGGACAUGGGAUGAAUAAGCAGACACUGGCCGUUUCUGUUCUUGUGCCCACUGGAAAUUUCCAACAUCCCUGUAGGAGGGAGAGUGCAAAGUCCCACCCAGUAAGAAGCUACACUCCUUCAAAGGAAUUAUUUUCCCUUCAUGAGAAAUGAAACAAAACAGCAGCCAUGCUUCUUCAGGAAAACAGCGUGGUGGAAAGUAGUAUUUUGAAAGCACAUGACUUCUCUUUUCCAGCCCCAUCUCCUGAAUAAUCCUAGGAAUAAUCCUAGGCUUCUGCUUCGGAAUAAUGGCAGCUGAUGCGUCCAAAAAGUGGGAGGUGCUCCAAGUGCCAGGCCCCUCCCACUGCACCUGCCCUCUCUCCAGCUGUGCUGCUAGGAAUGCCACUGAUUGGCCAGAAUAGUUAAACGGAGCCUCCUUGUUCAGCAGCUGUGCCCCUCUCGAAUACCAGAGCAGGUAUGAUGAGAGCUGGAUUCCAGCAACAUCUGUAAGAGCACAGGCUCCUCUUUCCUUGACUACGGCAGGAGCAGCCCCUGUGUUACCUUCUUGACGUUUUGGAUCACAACUCCCAUCUUUUGGAAGGCGCUCUCUAUGGCUACCCCUAGACUAGGGAGUGAGUCCUAUUGCUCCUAAUGGGACUAUUUUCUGGGUUGACUUCAACCGAGACAUUAUGCGAGCAGAACAACUUAGUGCUCACACAACAGAAAUCUUCCAGGGCCCUGGCUCCACAUUCCCCUAUUUUGGGGAUUUGCGCUUCCUUCCGCUAGUGGGAGGUGACUGCCCACCCGGGUGCAGUGGUAGAAUCCAGUGCAGAGGAACCCUCACCACCAGCAAUGCUCUUUGUGCCUGAGGUUUUCUUGAAUUGUGGUCUGAUUUGACACUAUUUUGUGCGUUUAUUAUCAAUAUUAUUAUCAGUAUUGUUCCUUUGGGCUUCUCCCCUCUCCCAGAUUCUCUUUGAAGCCAAGAGCCAGGCUCACCGGCUGAAGUUUGGCGUGGACAUGGCAGUACCUUCCUAA